AUGGGCGAUGCUACGUUCGAGGGCACGGCGCUGGGCACUCACGAAACUCUUCAAUUCCAGCCUGCUAACACGGCAGAAUCUCCGCCGCACCUCAAACGACGACGGGCUUACCUGUCCUGUGAUCUAUGCCGCAAGAUACGCUGCGUGCCCAACGUGCCCGGCCGGCGUCAGCCAUGCCAGCGAUGCGUGUCGGAUGAGCAAGAGUGGGUCUAUAGGAGCACGAGGAGUGUUGGCCGCAGACCCCAACAGAGUCCCAUGCCAAUGGAUUCGUUCAGUCCGCCGUCCUCUGUAUGCAGAGACAGCACCAACGCUCAGGGGACAGGCAAUGACGACGCGCAACACGCCGAGCCAACUACUGCCACAGCCAUAGCCACAGCCACAGCCAACGAGGGGAUGCAGCAUGGCCCUUCACCCUUGGAGCCAUCCCCGGCAACGUCGAACCCGUCGGCCCGUAGCAGGAUCAUCUCAACACAGCUGCACAACACAGCAGAUGCUCUGGACCUGUUGACCUUCACAGUGGCCAGCGAACAGGGCAGAAUGCCUGGUGGGGCUUCACUGAAGAGAAGGAUCCUCAGCAGAAACGAGGCGGUCGAGUAUCUUGACUUCUACUUUGCCACCCUGUGGCCACUGCGGCCUGUCGUGCCGGCCUUGUAUCGGGAGCGCAGCCAAUAUAGCAUGCUACCUGUGGGAGAUCCACUGCUCCUCAUGACCCUCAUCACAAUCUCGUCCCGCUACUAUGCCUUGCCCGGUCCCCAUGGAGAGAUGCGAUCCGAGAGAAUUCACUGGCAGGCGUGGCGGCUGGGCCAGAGAUGCUUGCAAUCAGCUCUCUGGGGCUCGCCUUACACGCGGUCCCCCGGUGCCAUCGCCUCGAUGCUCCUCUUGAUCGAAUGGCAUCCUAAAUCGAUCAACAACCCCAUAGAAUUCUGCGACGAAGACGAGUACGACAAUAUCAACACAUGUCCCCAGGGCGCGGCACAUGGUGAACCAGGGGAGACACAGUCGGACCAUGCUACUUCGUUGACGAGCCAGCAGAGGUACGGCAUGGCAGCGCUCCUCGAGAACCUCAACAUUGUAGCGCCGGGAUACCGAAGCAACAAAAUGUCAUGGAUGCUUCUCUCGAGCGCCAUUGCUCUCGCCCAGGAAGGCUGCUGCUUCGACCACGACCAGCAAGGCCCCGGCGCCCAGGACACUCUGCGCCAGCAGUGGAACCAGCUCAUCUGCGGCCAGAACGAGGCGGUGCGGCACCGCUUCUCCAGCACCUUUGCCAGCCUGCUGCCCGACAGCGCAGGAUAUCAAAGCUACUCGAGGCUACUUGACACGUGUCUGGACCUUGAGUAUCACUGCCUGGUCAUGUACAGCUUCGCUCCAGCGAGCUACGUCCUCCACAGCACCCUGCCCGUCCCCUUGACAGAUGGCAAGAAAGACGCUCUACUAAACCUGGCCAACAAAGCAACGAAAGCCAGCCAUGACAUGCUCUCAAUCUUGAUCAACGUGCUUGGUCCUUUGCAUCUGACAAGAUAUCUCCCCGUCCGCUACUGGCUGUUUAUCGUUGCCGCAGUCAUACAUUUGCUCAAGAAUACACUGGUGGUCGAUUCUCACGAACCCGAGGCACAUGAGAAUGUCCAGCUCCUGCGUGAUACCAUCACUGGAUCUCCCUUUAUACAACACUACACACAUAUAAAUUAUCAUGAGUCGAUAGCAAUUAUGGGUACUCUAUUCAGCUAG